GGUGAGCGACUCGAACGUGACCGGAGCGCCAUUGGCGCCAAAAUGUCGUUCGUGGUGGGGGUGAUCCGCCGCCUAGACGAGACAGUAGUGAACCGCAUCGCGGCAGGAGAGGUUAUUCAGCGACCGGCCAACGCCAUCAAGGAGAUGAUUGAGAACUGUUUAGAUGCAAAGUCCACAAGUAUCCAAGUGGUUGUUAAGGAGGGAGGCCUGAAGUUGAUUCAGAUCCAAGAUAAUGGCACUGGGAUCAGGAAAGAAGAUCUGGACAUUGUGUGUGAGAGGUUCACUACAAGUAAACUGCAGUCCUUCGAGGAUUUAGCCAGUAUUUCUACUUACGGCUUUCGUGGUGAGGCUUUGGCUAGCAUAAGCCAUGUGGCUCACGUUACUAUUACAACCAAAACAGCUGAUGGAAAGUGUGCAUACAGAGCAAGUUACUCAGAUGGAAAGCUAAAAGCUCCUCCUAAACCCUGUGCAGGCAAUCAGGGGACCCAGAUCAUGGUGGAGGACCUCUUUUACAAUAUAGCCACGAGGAGAAAAGCUUUGAAAAAUCCAAGUGAAGAGUAUGGGAAGAUCCUGGAAGUCGUUGGCAGGUAUUCAAUACACAAUGCAGGCAUUAGUUUCUCAGUUAAAAAACAAGGUGAGACGGUAGCUGAUGUAAGAACACUGCCCAACGCCACAACUGUGGACAACAUUCGGUCCAUCUUUGGGAACGCUGUUAGUCGAGAAUUAAUAGAAGUUGGAUGUGAGGAUAAAACCCUAGCCUUCAAAAUGAAUGGAUACAUAUCCAAUGCUAACUAUUCAGUGAAGAAGUGCAUCUUUUUACUGUUCAUCAACCAUCGUCUGGUAGAGUCAAGUUCCUUGAGAAAAGCUAUAGAAACGGUGUAUGCAGCAUAUUUGCCCAAAAACACACACCCGUUCCUGUACCUCAGUUUAGAAAUCAGCCCUCAGAAUGUGGAUGUCAACGUGCACCCCACAAAGCAUGAAGUUCACUUCCUGCACGAGGACAGCAUCCUGGAGCGGGUACAGCAGCAUAUUGAGAGCAAGCUCCUAGGUGCCAACUCCUCCAGGAUGUACUUCACACAGACUUUCCUACCAGGACUUGCUGGCCCCUCUGGGGAGGUGGUUAAGGCUACAAUGGGUACCACAUCCUCUUCGUCUGGAAGUGGAGACAAAGUCUAUGCCCACCAGAUGGUUCGUACAGAUUCCCGGGAACAGAAACUUGAUGCCUUUCUGCAGCCUGUGAGAAAGGCUCUGGCCAGCCAGCCCCAGGCCCUAGUCCCAGAAGACAGCACAGAGGGUCCUCUUGGCGGGGCCAAACAGCAAGAUGAGGAGAUGCUCGAACUCCCAGCCCCUACUGAAAUGGCUGCUCAGCGCCAGGGCUCAGAAAAGGAGGCAACCAAGGAGACUUUAGAAACGUCAGAAAAGAGAGGGCCCGCUUCUAGCCCUGGCAACCCCAGAAAGAGACUUCGGGAAAACUCUGAUGUAGAAAUGGUGGAAGAUGAUUCUCAAAAGCAAAUGACAGCAGCCUGUACUCCCCGGAGAAGAAUUAUUAACCUCACUAGUGUGCUGACUCUCCAGGAAGAAAUUAACGAGCGGGGACAUGAGAGUCUCCGGGAGAUGCUGCAUAACCACUCCUUUGUGGGGUGUGUGAAUCCCCAGUGGGCCUUGGCACAGUAUCAGACCAAGUUAUACCUUCUCAACACCACCAAACUCAGUGAAGAACUGUUCUACCAGAUACUCAUUUAUGAUUUUGCCAAUUUUGGUGUUUUGAGGCUUUCGGAGCCAGCCCCCCUCUUUGACCUUGCGAUGCUCGCUUUAGACAGUCCUGAGAGUGGCUGGACAGAAGAAGAUGGCCCCAAAGAAGGACUUGCAGAAUACAUUGUUGAGUUUCUCAAGAAGAAGGCUGAGAUGCUUACAGACUAUUUUUCUUUGGAAAUUGAUGAGGAAGGGAACCUGAUUGGAUUACCCCUUCUGAUUGACAACUAUGUACCACCUUUGGAGGGACUGCCCAUCUUUAUACUCAGACUGGCCACUGAAGUGAAUUGGGAUGAAGAAAAGGAAUGUUUUGAAAGCCUCAGUAAGGAAUGCGCUCUGUUUUACUCCAUCCGGAGGCAGUAUCUAUGUGCUGAGUCCGCCCUCUCUAGCCAGCAGAGUGAAGUGCCUGGCUCUGCUCCAAACUCCUGGAAGUGGACUGUGGAACACAUUGUCUAUAAAGCCUUCCGGUCACAUCUUCUGCCUCCUAAACAUUUCACAGAAGAUGGAAAUAUCCUACAACUUGCUAACCUACCUGAUCUAUACAAAGUCUUUGAGAGGUGUUAAACGUGGAGGUGUUUAUGGACUGUGUUCUUUUGUAUCUUGGUAUU